UCAGAUCGAGAUAACAGUCCAGGCAACGUGGACAAUUUAAAUAAAAAAAUGCAUAACAUAGUAAACGAUCAUCACACUAUCAAAGGCCAGCCCACAAUAGCUCUGGAUGUAAAAACUGCAAAAGUUCCAGAAGUGCUUCAAAAGAAGAAAGUCUAUCAGUUUUCUAGAAUACCUGUUAGAAGAAACUCCUCGCGGCCUGUUUCUCCAGCUCCCACUCAGCUCAGUGGCGCCACGUCCGGAGCCCCCGGAGCCGCCGGCACCGUGCCAGGUGCCCGCAGCAGGUCGCGCUCCCGCUCCAGAAGUUCUACUCCCGUAAAAGGUGAAGCGAAUCGCCGGACAACCGCCCCGCGGCCAGUCACCACGGCUGGCAACCCACCGAAGAAUAUCCUUCAACAACCUCAUAUACCCAGGGACAAGUCACUUGCAGCGGUCAUGAAGAGGUCCAAUGAGAACAUUCUUGGAGUGGUGAAAGGACAACAAAAGAAGAAAUCCCUCUUUCGAACACCAUUGGCAGAAACAUUUUGUAGCAACUCACUUAUGAAGGAGGACAAGCCUGUGUUUGGAAAAUCAUUCAAUACACAAAAGCAAUUUAAACCACAGCUUGAGGACAUAAAAAGCUCCCAGUUUUUUAUAAAUGAACCUCAACAAAAACCUAAACCAUUGAUUGAAGAUCAAAGAAGACAAAUGUUACUUGAAGCCAAGAAGAAAUUUACAAGCAAAGCAUAUUAUAAUGAGUCAAUAUUUGAGAGAAUAGAAGGUUUAAACUGGAUAAGUUGGAAAUAGUAAAAGUUUAAAGUGUUCCUCAAAUGGUAUUUAUUAAUAUAAAGGAAUAUAACACUGUGUUGUCUAUUAUUAAGUUUACAAACAUAAAGUAAUUAAAAAAUA